GAAACGAAGGAAUUUACACAUAUUGGAUGAUAUGUUUCUGUUUUUUUUUUAAUUGUUUUGUUUAGAUUGAUAGUAUUGAUGAGUGUAAAAACGUAAACAAAAAUAUAGAAGUCGAGAAUUUGUCGAUGGAUUUUUUCAUUGAUUUCAUGUAAAACAUAAGCUCUAUUUUGUUUAAUCAUACAGUUCAGGUGAUAAUAAUGUAAACAAUUGUUUUUGCGUUCAAAUUGACAUAGUUUUCUCUCGAAAUAGUCGAUAUGGAUACAGUUACACUAGCUUCACACAGAUUGAUUCAUAUAGAUUUAAAAGGCGCACCUCCAAGACCGUCCUUUUUCGAGAAGUUUUUUCCCUUCAUAAAAAGUUAUGGAGCAACUGGUAUCCUCCUCGAAUGGGAAGACACCUUUCCCUAUACCAAAGAAUUAUUACCGAUUGGAGGCCUGUCCAAUAGUGCUCAAGCAACAGGAGCUCCAUAUUCUAUUGAAGAAGCAAAACAGAUUCUUGACUUAGCUGUUGACUGUGAUUUAAUGGUGAUACCUUUAGUACAAACCUUUGGUCAUAUGGAAUUUGUGCUGAAACACGACCAGUGGAGAAAUUUGAGGGAGGUGGAAAAUUAUCCGAGUUCUAUGUGUCCCAGUAACAGUGAAACAUUGGGACUGGUGAGGAGUAUGAUUAAACAAAUUGUGGCAUUUCACUCGAGUUUGCAGUAUAUACAUAUUGGCGCUGAUGAAAUUUGGCAUAUGGGCUGGUGUCCUACUUGUGCAAAACGUGUCCAGUCGAGUAAAUAUGGACGAGAUAGUCUUUAUUUAGAUCAUGUUGCAGAAGUUGCACAAUUCAUUAAGGAAAACUAUCCAACUCUCAAGAUAAUAAUAUGGGAUGACAUGCUCAGGAAUAUGGACCUAAAAACGUUACAAGAUUAUAACAUCGGGUAUUUGGUAGAACCGAUGGUUUGGCAUUAUAAUGCCUUGGAAGAUUUCAAAUUGGGUUCGCCGCUUUGGGAUAAGUACAGCGACGUAUUCAGGUAUAUUUGGUGUGCAUCGGCUUUCAAAGGAGCUACCAGUAGUUGUCAGAUUAUUCCGAUCGUGAAGCAUCACAGCAGCAAUCACGAGGCUUGGUUGAAGCAACUCGAAUCGUACGGAAACAAGAUUUUGAAUUUCAGGGGCAUUGCUCUGACUGGUUGGUCUAGGUACGAUCAUUACGCUACCUUGUGCGAGUUGUUGCCUUGUUCGAUACCCUCGCUCUGUUCAUGUAUUAAGACGUGGUUGAGCGGCAGUUUGAACCAAGAGAUGCAACUAUCGUUGAGUGAAAACUUGGGUUUUCCCGAUGGUUAUCAGGCGGAUUUCCUGAAGAAAAUGCCACAUAUACAGCUGAAUUUCCCGGGGGGUAAUAUUUAUUUGGGAAUGGACUGGUUUUGUAGCCUCCGGACGAGAUACAGGAACAUCAUUAACAGCGAUCAGAUGCAAACGUGGUUUAAUCAGUGGCAAAUCAGCAAUAAUUAUACGAAUCCCAUGCAGAUCGAUACCAUAGCUCCUUUCAUCAAUGAAUUAUUGCUGGAGGUAUUGGCUAAUGAGAACUACUUGAAAGCCCCACUUGAAAAUACUUUUUACCCUCACACUAUCGAGGAGAUACAAGGUACCCUCUUUGCACCGAUAAUCCAACACUUACGACAAAUAAAGAGCGACUGCGAGACACAGCUGGCCUCAGGGUGUAGAGUAAGAGGGAAGAAAAGAAUGAUAACAUGAGUACAAUAUUAUGAAAAUAUUUUCUUUUUAAUAUACAUGUUCGCUUAGAACUUAAUCGUUGAAAAAAUACAUUUUUAUUUGUAAAUAUGGCUUGUUCUAUAAAUAUACAGUAUGGCUUUCA